UUCUAGCCCAUUUUUGGGGAUGCUGAAGCACCCCUAAAAUGAACCCCAGCACCCCUAAACCGCUUAUACUAGUAUCACCACUGCCACUGUACAGAGAAAGUUCACUGUGGUUGCUUCCAGAUAUUACACGGGUGACAUUCGACCCAGAGACAGCCCACCCUCUCCUGUCCGUGUCCCGGUCCUGCACCUCAGUGUGGUUUGACGAUGCUAAAGACCUGCCAGAAUGCAGCCAGGACAACCCCAAACGCUUCCACCACUAUUACUGCGUGCUGGGCCGAGAGGGCUUCAGCGUGGGACGACACUACUGGGAGGUGGAGGUGGGACAAAAGACGGCGUGGAGACUGGGCGUGGCACGGGCCGACGUGUCCAGAGGGGAGAUGGCGGCCACCAGCACCUCCGGUGGUCUUUGGACUUUGGCCCUGAAGAAUGGAGACAUCUUGGCUUGCACUGAUCCCACACCAGUCAGAGUCAACAUGUCGCUUCACCUGGCUCGGGUCGGCGUGUUUUUGGACUGUGAGAAGGAGGAGGUGUCUUUUUAUAAUGCUAGUAACAUGGCGCCCAUGUACACUUUCGCCACGGGAACUCUCCUGGUUCCUUUGUACCCCUUCUACAACCCGUGUGACACUGACGAUGGCAGGAACACAGCUCCCAUUAGCAUCUUUAGCCCCUCACUUUGACCAAGGCCUUUGCUCAUAGCGUCUUUUCUGCAAAAUUGCCACAUCAGAGCGACAUGACUCACAAAAUAUUAAGACUAUCCGGGUAAAAUUUUCACGAUUACCAAAUGCCCAACGCACACCGACCGAGGCGGCCAAACGCCAAAUAAAUGUGCGUCAGAUAUCAGAACACUUUGAGGGGAAAUAGACGACAGACAGGAUAUUUCUUUUUAUUUUUUUAUAUUGGCGGCACGGUGGACGACUGGUUAGAGCGUCAGCCUCACAGUUCUGAGGACCCGGGUUCAAUCCCCGGCCCCGCCUGUGUGGAGUUUGCAUGUUCUCCCCGUGCCUGCGUGGGUUUUCUCCGGGCACUCCGGUUUCCUCCCACAUCCCAAAAACAUGCAUGAAUUGGAGACUCUAAAUUGCCCGUAGGCAUGACUGUGAGUGCGAAUGGUUGUUUGUUCCUAUGUGCCCUGCGAUUGGCUGGCAACCAGUUCAGGGUGUACCCCGCCUCAUGCCCGAUGACAGCUGGGAUAGGCUCCAGCACGCCCGCGACCCUAGUGAGGAGAAGUGGCUCAGAAAUUGUCAAUUAACCUACCAUGCAUGUUUUGUGGAUGUGGAAGGAAACCGGAGUGCCCGGAGAAAACCGACGCAGGCACGGGGAGAACAUGCAAACUCCACACAGGCGGGGCCGGGGAUUGAACCCGGGUCCUCAGAACUGUGAGGCUGACGCUCUAACCAGUCGUCCACCGUGCCGCUUAUGUUAAACAACAGCAACUGGAGUUGUUAUGUCAAACUAGUGCCAGGGGAAACCCUGUUUUGUCCCAAGACUGUUUUUCAUGGCUUCAGAGAACACCAGGAGUAAACAGGCAAUCUUUGUGUAGUGGUUAUUUUGAUCUAUUCUCAUGAAGGUCAGCUUACUGUCAACACCAUGUCACUCAACAUCAGCGCAUCUGUCAUAUGACGGACAUGUCGCUAAUCCCAAAGCAGACUUCUAUGAUUUCAUGACCUUGACAAUAUGCCAUUUGUUUGCAGAGAUGCCAAAAACUUGAUGGUGAGGCUUUCAAAGCUUCUAAAACUUCCACGCCCGGCUGCAAGUUCCUCCUCAGCCUUUGGUUCCUACAACCCCAAUUCCAAUGAGGUUGGGACGUUGUGUUAAACAGAAAUAAAAACAGAAUACAAUGAUUUGCAAAUCAUGUUCAACCAAUAUUUAAUUGAAUACACUACAAAGUCAAGAUAUUUAAUGUUCAAACUGAUAAACUUUGUUGUUUUUAGCAAAUAAUCAUUAACUUAAAAUUGCAUGGCUGCAACAAGUUCCAAAAAAGCUGGGACAGGGUCAUGUUUACCACUGUGUUACAUCACCUUUUCUUUUAACAACAUUCAAUCAACGUUUGGGAACUGAGGACACUAAUUGUUGAAGCUUUGUGGGUGGAAUUCUUUCCCAUUCUCGCUUGAUCUACACCUUCAGCUGUUCAACAGUCCGGGGUCUCCGUUGUUGUAUUUUACGCAUCAAAAUGCGCCACACAUUUUCAAUGGGAGACAGGUCUGGACUGCAGACAGGCCAGUCUAGUACCUGCACUCUUUUACUGCGAACCCACACUGUUGUAACACGUGCAGAAUGUAGUUUGACAUUGUAUUGCUGAAAUAAGCAGGGACAUGCAAAAGUCGUUGCUUGGAUGGCAGCAUAUGUUUCUCCAAAACCUGUAUGUACCUUUCAGCAUUAAUGGUGCCUUCACAGAUGUGUAAGUUACCCAUGCCAUUGGCACUAACACAGCCCCAUAGCAUCACAGAUGGCUUUUGAACUUUGCGUCCAUAACAGUCCGGAUGGUUCUUUUCCUCUUUGGCCUAGAGGACACGACAUCCACAAUUUCCAAAAAUAAUUUGAAAUGUGGAGUCGUCGGACCACAGAACACUUUUCCACUUUUCAUCAGUCCAUCUUAGAUGAGCUCCGGCGCAGAGAAGCCGGCGGCGUUUCUGGGUGUUGUUGAUAAAUGGCUUUUGCUUUGCAUAGUAGAGUUUCAAGUUGCACUUAAAAUGUAGCGCCGAACUGUAUUUACUGAAAUUGGUUUUCUGAAGCGUUCCUUAGCCCAUGUGAUGAUAUCCUUUACACAUUGAUGUCGGUUUUUGAUGCAGUGCCGCCUGAGGGAUCGAAGGUCACGGGCAUUCAAUGUUGGUUUUCGGCCUUGCUAGGGUCGCGGGCGUGCUGGAGCCUAUCCCAGCUGUCAUCGGGCAGGAGGCGGGGUACACCCUGAACUGGUUGCCAGCCAAUCGCAGGGCACAUACAAACAAACAACCAUUCGUGCUCACAGUCAUGCCUACGGGCAAUUUAGAGUCUCCAAUUAAUGCAUGUUUUUGGGAUGUGGGAGGAAACCGGAGUGCCCGGAGAAAACCCACGCAGGCACGGGGAGAACAUGCAAACUCCACACAGGCGGGGCCGGGGAUUGAACCCGGGUCCUCAGAACUGUGAGGCUGACGCUCUAACCAGCCGGCCACCGUGCCGCUUAUGUUAAACACAAGGUCCCAAAUGCAUUGGAAUUGGGGUUGUACAACAAUGACCAUGUCAAUCUUGGAAGAUGUUAGUGCUGUAUCUAGUGCUAUUCUAACACCAAAAACACUAGAAUCCGAUGUGGCAGAAGUACUUUCA